CAGAAUGACGACAGGUAGAUCGUUUUACUUUAACUCACAAACUGUAACCAACGUCUGUUGGUUUUAGAACAAAGUGUAUGACUUGUUGAGUGCAGUGCAUUGUGGGAUAGCUGAGUGAUAUUGUUAUUUGUUGUUUCAAGGUGUUCUUCCAGUUCGAGGCUGCGUGGGACAGCUUACUCCAUGAUUCAGCUCGCCUGAACCGCGUCACUCAGUGCGGCGAGCGAGUCUACAUGACUCUGUCGGCCUAUCUCGAGUGCCAACAACAGAAGAGAACAGACUUCGUUUCCAGAUAUUGGCACCUACUUUGGCUCUGACUUUGCCAUCAGUUACAACUGAUACAAUCCCCAAUGCGCACCCAAGCGUGCAGUCACCAACAGACAACGACGUCCCAAUAUCAUCGAGUGUCAUGGCAACCCCAAAGAACGUCGAUGAUGUUGAAGUAAUAAAUGGGAACCGACUUAGUUCCCGGAUUUUGGCAACUACAUUGGCUCUGACUUUGCCGACAGCUGCAAUCCCAGAUGUGCACCCGACGGUACAGUCGCCAACAGACGACAAUGACGGCCCAAUGCCAUCGAGUGUCAUGGCAACCCCAGAGAACGUCGACGACGAAGACGGUCUCUCGGAAUCCGGUAACAUCAUUUAUCUUGCGAUCCACAAACAAAUGAAAACGUUUUCGCGCGCUGUGAGGCUCAUGAAGGGAAGACGUCAGCUACGACGGCACAACCUCUACGAUCAAUGGAGACGUUAA